CACUUGAAGCUGCUACUAGUGUGAAGAUGAGUGGUAGAAUUUGGGUGGGGCGAUGACGAGAAAGAAUGGAAUUAGUGAUAGUAGGUGUUUGGUGGUCAGCGCGUCCUCGGUGAUCCGAAGGAUCUGCUUCCAUUUCUGUAUAACUCUUAUGAUUUUUCACUAAUUCAUUUCAUAAAAACUCGACAGAUUCCAAGGCAGAGGAAGCAGCCCUACCGCCACCGAAACUGAAAUUAACCACUCGGGUCGCUUGUUAAGGUAGGAAGCUGUCUGACCACGUUAGCACUGCUUUUGGGAACUGACCAUCAGCUUGUCUACAUUACUAAGAAAAAUGGAAGUUGCAAAACUUCACCAUAAGGAUGUCAGAAGACUUCUAAGCACGUGGAUAAGAAACCUGGGGUGAACCGACCGUAUUCGGCUGUGAACGCACGGAAGCCUCAUGCGGAAACUCUCUGCCUCUUUCUCAACAGUUUACAUACGGACUUUACUCCCCUCUCCCCAAACUCUGACAAUAACCUGCGUUAUUGGGCGGUCACUCUAGUUCCCACCUUACAAUAAACUGACGUUAACGUUGAAAUAAUGUGGAGCGUCACUUCUGAGAACCAGGUCACAGAAAACUGAAAGAGAAACAUACCCUCUUCGCCAGGAGAAGGUAUGGAUUGACUGUAAAAAGGAUUAACAGUGGAUCAUGACAACCGAGCAAAACUAUGGCAAAUGCAGCUUUUUGCUGACCCUAGCUGGUUUUCUGUUGUACUUGACGGACAUUGGGACCGACCUCUGGGUUGCUGCAGUGUAUCUCAUCGACGGGCACCUUGUGUGGUGUCUUCUGGUGCUGUCUGUGAUUGUGAUUUCUGCUGUGAUCUUGCAGAGUUUCAGCUGGUCUUGGUACAAAGAUGAUGAGAACAAUCCAAGUCUCAGUCCCCACAACCGAGGCUGCGCCAGCGGCGGUUCGUGGUUCUGUGUGCUGCAUGUUUUCCAGUUGGGCGUGCUGCUACGGUUUGUAAAGGCACUAGACUAUGGAUACAAGGCAGCAUUCAAGAAAGGAGGAACUGACUUGAUUGCCAUAUACUCGGUUACAGAUUUGAGCAUGUUACGAUUGUUUGAGGCAUUUUUAGAAGCUGCGCCUCAACUUGUUCUUCAGGUCUUCAUUCUGCUGAUGUCUGAUGACAGAGAAUAUAUUCAGUAUGUGUCUGUGAUUUUGUCAUGCAUGAGCAUUUCAUGGGCUACUUUGGACUACUAUGCAGCACUAAAGAAAUCUUUACCUGACCAACGAAAGCUAACCUGUGGAUUCCCUUAUUUGAUGUACUUUCUAUACAAGUUGUUGACACUUAAUGCAAGAAUUUUGCUCAUAACCCUUCUGGCUAUGAUAAAUAUCAUUGCAAUGAUUGGCUACUUGUGUGUUUUAUGGCUGAUCAUGAUUAUAUAUGUCUUUGUGCAGAAGACCAAGUUUUGUACAUCCAUGAUCCAGGAAGUUAUUUAUAAGGCAGUGGUUGCCAUAAUCUUAGUUUUCACCUUUUUCAAUAUAAAAGAUAAGAAUACAAGAAUAGUUAUGAUUAUCUAUUACACAAUUAGAAUUAUUGAAACCGGUGGAGUACUUGUCUUCUGCUGGUUUCUGAAAGGUUUUAUGGUUGAUAAAAGCUACAGUCUCCCUGUCAGUAUAACCAUUGGGCUGUCACUAAUUCUAGGGAUAAUUUGUCUUGUGUUGUACUACAGUUUUUGUCAUCCAAAAAGGGCAAAUGAUAAAGACUUUAAUCAUUGUGACAAUGCAGUACAAUUUCCCACUUCUUAUGAUGAAGUUGAUGGAUGCCCAUCUGAAAACCCAACAGUUAUACUGAAAGAUAUAAAUAAAAAUGGUAUUAUGAUAGAUUCAGAAGUUACUAAACCUGCAAUUAUAAGUGGUAGAAUAACACAUUGUUUAAGCUUUUAAUUAAAUGAAUAAAAUACUACUGGAAUUAACUUGACUUCCUUCUACAGAUGGAGGGUAUUAUUUGCUGUUUAAAAAGAUCACUUUCACAUUGGAUUAUAUACCUUACAGAUUGUAAGUACAAUCUACAGUUAGAAAUUAGCAAAUGUUAAAAUGAAGCUCCAUCUGUCAGUUUAGGCAUAUGUUAAAGAUUCUGUGGCACGGUUCAGGAAAUACUGGGAGUUUUCUAGGCAGCAAGGACUAAAGUACCUUCUCUCUCAACCAAUUUAAAAAAAAACAAAUUGGUCGCUCACCUCACCUCAAGAAUCUUGUGUAGCAUUUGUCUGCAUAAUCAAAGCAUGGCAAAAGGUAACUGGGAAAUGAAAUGCUUUGUGUUGUGGCAAUAUGCUAAGUAAAUGUAAUUCAAAGGAUGGUGUCAAUCUAUUUAACAGAUUAUAAAUUCCCAGGUGCAUUGCUAUUUAAUUUUUGAAUGGAAGAACCUAAAUAUUCAUCAGAUUUUAUAAGUUAUGUAUAUUUUUAAUGUCUAUUUAGAAAGAUGAAGCACAGGUGUUUGGUAAAUGGUAAAGAUACAAUUUUCCACAGCAACUACUACUGAAUCAGUAUAGAAGACCUGUCCUUUGAAAAAUUCUGACUAUCUCAAUACAAUAACUUUUGUAUUGUUGCACAAUGUAAUUUCAGUGGUGCUGAUGAUUUUUUUUCCAGUAAGAAAGUAAAACUUGAAUAUUACAGCUUUUGUCCAAAGUUGAGAUUUAAAAAUGAACUGGAAAAUAACAUUCUAAAUGAAGAGAGGGCAAAUUUAGCAAAUGAAUAAAAUGUACUUUGCAAGCUC